AUGACCAUCCGCAAUGGCCUGACGUCCCUGGCCCUCUUGCUUCACCUGUAUCUCAUGACUCGACAAAGACAUCACGGUCCCCGUGAAGCCGCAAAUGCUAACACGGGGAGCCUUUUAGCUGCUCGAGAAGGAGCUGACGCGGCAAAUGUGACUAUAACAUGCGUACCGUUUGGAGAGUGCGAGGCUUGUCCCGAUGACGCUCCCUUCGGCAACCGUCGCCUCAUGCACUGCUCCCCCGUCUCCCAAUCCACCACCAACACCUCCUCAAACCAUACAACUACCGACUCAGCCCCCGUUCGAUCAGGGAGCCCGCGACUCAACAACGGAAAAUCCGCCACGCAGGGUGAGACACCCGCUUGGCAGUCCUGCGGGCGCAUACCCUCUGUAGAGCGCGCCGACUUCUACGAGUUCUUCGCGUGCAACCUCUUCCUCGCGCUCGCCGCCGUCCUCACCGUGCUCGUGCGCACAAAGCUGGUGCAAACCCGCCAGGCGCGGAACGUCGCGGCACGCAUCUGGGGUCGACGGUGAUGUUUUUGGAUUUAUCAACGAAUGCAUGCCCUGCUCCUGCCAUACAUUUACAUGCCCUAUAGUGCAUACAUACAUAGCUGUACAAUAUAGUACCCGACCUCAGUUUGCUUCCUUAUACCAAAUCACGUCGACUUAUACGGCUUUCAGUAUCCUGAUAGACCUGGACUUCGUGCCACUUUCCCUAGUUAGACGGGGGCACGGUGCACGACGCAGCACGACAUGACACGACG